AUGACAGAAUGGCAUCCACCGGCGCCAGCAAGUACUGGCAGAUUGGGCCCUCUGCGUGCCAUUCUGACUGGACAGGCCAGCACACCAGCUACGCUCGUGAUUGAUCUCUUCACGAGGACGGGGGAAUUCGCGGAAGCUUUUCUGAAGCAGCGGAAGAACCGGUCCCACACCUUCUUCCUCGGGUUCUGUGAAAGCCAGACAGAGGCGACCUAUGUGGAGACCGUGCUUCGCAGCACGUUGGCAGAGGGCUACCUUGCAGGUGGACCAAUGCCUGCUGGCGAUUCCAUUCCUUGCAAAGUGCCCGAGGACAUCUUAGAGGCCAUCCCAGCAACGCCUGCCAUGAACCUGCUCGUUACUAAGGACGAGAAGCUCUACUCGCCUGUGGCCCUGGUCAAGGAAUGGCAGAGUCACCCGCUUGCGAAGGACUUCCAGCUGUGGCUUGACGAGUUCCUGGCAGCAGGCUACGAGAUCGUGGAUCCAAAUCAGACUCCGGCCGAGGAGACCAAGGACGACGUCCAGGGCCAGACUCAGAAUAAGCGCAAGAGAGAAGGUGAAUCGGCGGCGACCGGCACCAAGAAGAUCAAAAUUGAUGCCGGGCCUGUCCUCGAUUCCGACAAGAUCAGUGGCGCCAUCCUCUUCGAGGUCAAAGUGACCCUUUUCAAGGACAUCUACGCGAACCUGCAGAUUCGUGCCCAGUCCGAAGUCUGGCUG